CAGAGUCUCUGCUCCGGCUGUGGGCUAAGCUAGGCUAGUUCAAAAGUCCCCCGCUAACCGUGACUCGCUCCCGGUGUCGCCGCUGCCGGUAAAGACGUCCACGAUCCCCGCGGAGCGUUUUAACCGCUCGCACGCACCGACUUCGUUCCACUGUAUUUUACCUCCGGAUGAUUGGAGCCACCGACUGGCCCCCAGUCUGAGCUAAGCUAACUGUUAGCCUCGCAGCCAAAAUGGCGGACAAGGAGGAUGAGAGCGGACCGAUCAGAACAAUAAGAGCCGCAGAACCGCCCGGGACCGCGGCUCACCCCCCCGCCGCUCAGGUCAGACAGCCCGGGGAACUCAACGGUCUUUCCGCGGGCAGUUCACAGACCGUGUCCGGUGUUGAGAGCGGCCCGUCCGGGCAGAGUUUGCCGUCAGGGUCCGGAGCUCAGCUGGAGGACUUCUUACAGAGAUGCCCGGAGGAACAGAGCAUCCUGGUGGGCACAGAGCUCACGGGCCAGGGUCCGGACCUGGUCAACACCACGAUCAUCUACGUGCAGCCGGACGGCAGCCUGGUGGAGGGCUCCGGGCUGACGGCCGAGGAGCAGCAGUUUCUGCUGGAGCAACUCACCAGGCAACAGCUCGUCCAGGUCCCCGACACCGAGGCUGCACAGCUGCUCCAGCAGAGCCAGCUGCUCAGAACCACCCCGGUCCACAAUGCGACCCUGGAUCCGAGUCAGCUGCAGCAGGUCAUCAACCAGGUCACCAAGUCCAAGCAGCAGGUCCAGGUUCUCCAGCAGGUUCCUCAGGAGAACCUCAAGACCCAGAACAAUGCCUCCCAGCAGCUGAAGAGCGUCGCCCAGCAGGUGGCCAUGCACACCAGUGGCUCAGUCCAGGUGGUCCAGAAGAAGUCGGAGCCCGUCACUAUUCAGAUCAAGGUUCCUCCCAAACAGGAAGUGAAGUACGGCUCCACCCUGCAGCAGAAAACUGUAUGUGUCAAUCAUCCCCAGGUGAAGCUGUCAGCCAAUGGCAGCGUGAGCAGUGCUCAGAUCAUCCACAUCCAGCCUGUGGUUGGUCAGGAGGGUCAGCAGUUCUUCCUGCAGCAGAGUCCAGGGGACCCGCCCAUCCAGCUGCUGCUACAGAGCCCUGCCCCUGUUGUUGGAUCUCUUCUCCCAUUGGUCCACAAGCUGACGGGCCAUACCACAUCAACAGCCACUGCCUCUGGUCCGAGUCAGAAACCUGCAGCCCCCCCCACCUCUGUUAGGACAUUGGCCACCUCCAUUGUUAAGACCCCGCCCAAUUCUAGUAAUGUCAGCAUCCCGCCAAUCAAACCCACGAACGGAACGACGACCGCCGCCAGGAAGAGUCCCGUCAAACAACCUGCUGUUCUGAUGACCAUCACACCCGCCCUAUCUGCCACCGUGACCAAACCUCCACCGCCCCCUAUGAUCCCAGCAGUGAAGGACAGAGAAAAAGACAAACUGAAGAAGAGGUUAAAGAAGAGGGAGAAGAAGGUGGCGAAGGUCCAGACUAGAUCUGGUCGGGUCUCCAGACCACCGAAGUACAAAGCCAAAGAUUACAAGUUCAUAAAGACAGAGGACCUUGCUGACAGCCACCAGUCCGACUCUGACGACUACUCUGAAAUGAGCAUGGAGGAGGAGGAGGAGGAGGGGGAGGGCGUGAGGAAGGAUGGCCCCACCCCUGGUGCCUCCACCUCCCUCACCUACAGCCACAAGUCCAGGUCCCACCACUGCCAGACCUGCGAUAAGGCCUACAUUGGUCCUGGAGGCCUGAACCGGCACUAUAAACUAAACCCGACCCACGGAGACCCUGAUCCCCCUGGCGACCAGCCUAGCAACACACCACACCCAGUCAGAGAGGUCAGCCAUUCACAGGAGACGACAGUCACAGAGGAGGAGACGGAGGACACACCUGCUGCCACGGCAACAAACAGAGUGGAGGGGGGUCCAGCAGCAGCUGUAGGACUCAGGGGCCUCCAUCACCGAGGCCCCGGCCGACCCCGGGGCCGAGGGAGGGGCCGAGGGAGGGGCAGAGGGAGGGGCCGAUCACUGGCACCGCCUCCUAAAGUGACAGUGGGCCUUGUCAGUAGGCGUGGUCGACGUGGACGACCUCCAAAGCUUAGUGUUACCAUGGUUACGUCAGAGCAGCAGGCGGAGAGGAGACGAGACCGACUGCAAGAGCUGGUGGCGCAGUGUGAGGACGAGGAGCUGAUGGACAUCGUUCUUCCUCGUUUAACCAAAGUAUUGAGUCUGUGGGAGCUGCUGUUGGCAAAGGUGGAGCGUGGUGGUCCUGCUCGGACUCGGUUUCCAGACAUUUACCGUGAGUACGAGUCUCUGCAGGUUCAUGUGAAACAGGCCGCUCAGGAUUAUAUCAUCAGUCCACAAGGAGGAGCCACGCCACUUGAGGUCAGGAACAUUGAGGUUGCCAGGUCUCUCGGGAUCCUGGAUGAGGUGAACAAGAUGAGGGUGGUUCCUGGGGCAUCUCCCUGUCCCAGUCUGACCAGUAAGAAUGUUCGAUACAUCGAGAAUUCUAAGAUGCUACCGCCGUCGAAGAGAUUCAAGAUGGAAAACAGCGUUCCAGUUCACCAGAACGGAAUAGAGAUGCACAAAACAGGUGGGAAAACAGUGACCCCUGUGACCCCCGUCACCUCCUCUCAGGACUCCAGCUUGGUCUCUGUGUCUCCUCUGGUGAUUCCAGAUGGAACCAAACUGUCGACCACCAGUGCUGACUUCAGCGCUUCUGGCUCCACCUCUGCUAAGACGCCCGCAACCAAGGCUCCACCCCCUGACACACCUAUGGAGGUGACUCCAGGAGACCAGGGGGAGGGGCCUCUGCAGACUCACAUCCAGUUGGAGUCUCUGCCAGCGGGCCAGGACCAGGCCCUGAGUACAUCUGACAUCGCAGCCCAGAUGAAGGAGCUGGAGGAAGCUCUGGGCUCAAGUCCCGAAACUGAGACAAAACCUUUGAAGUCCGACUCUGUCCAGACACCUGGGUCUACCUUGAUUCAGACAACCGGGUCCGCAACAAUCCAGACUCUUGAGUCCAGCACAGUCCAGACACAGGCCUCCUCUCAGCUACAGCAGGGGGACUUGUUUCAGUCCAGCACCACAGAGGAAUUUGAAGCCAAAGAACUGAAAGAGGGACAGGAGAUCUACAUUGAGACAGAGGGGCUAACAGUCCAACUGGCAGAACCCGGAUCAGACCGGAUCGUCAUUGUCAAUGGGCCAGAUGGGACCACUAUGCAUAUCCAGACUCAAGAAGGGGUCCCCCUGGAGGCGGUCCAGGCCCUGCUGGGAAUCGAGGCAUCAGAUGGAACUAAACCCUGAAGAGAAUCUAGACUGAUCCGAACUGAGCACAGUCUAGAUUUUUAAGGCGGUAUUUGUAAGGUCGUAUGAGCUUGUAAGUGCUGCAGCUGUGAGAGUCACAGGUGAAGAUCAUUCCUGGACCUGAGUGUGGUGCCCCCCCUUCAGGACAACAUGGACAUUGUCAUAGUGGGUAUAAUGGAGAGCUGUUUGUGGUUUCAGGUGUUGCUUUGCACCUGAGAAUGAACGGAUCAGGAUCACACCUGAAUCUGUUCUUGUCAGAUGAGACAUCGCAUUCUCUCUUUCUCUGAUCAAAGGCAGAGCAACGCCGGCAAUCAAAAAGUAUUGAUCAUGAAGUUCUGACUGAUCAAACAUUAGUAAUGGCAUCAUUUCAUGUACUAGAAAAGACUAGAAGAGCACGAUAUAAAUACAGACCAUUGACCAUUUAUUUGUGAUGGAGUUGAUAAAACUGUGGCAUGACCCCUCUGAGCUGCCAUACUCAUCUCAGUUCUUUCAGUUCUCACCUUUGAUGAUGUCGCCGUUGCUCGACAGAAGGUUGCUGGUUUUUAGAAAUGAAUUGAUUGUAAAUUUGUUAACUUUUGUUUUCUGUGUUUGGUUGAUGUAAAAUAGAAAACGAUUGUUUAUAUGUAGAUAAAUAUAAAAAAAGUUUUAAAAAGUU